GACCUGCUGGUACAUUUUGCAUACAUUCCCAUGUGCCAGACACUUAUACUAAACACAUAGCUGCCGUCAUGAUCCAAGUUGCUCUUCUCUGUCUGGUCUUCCUUUUAGGUACGGGUUCCCCUGACAGUGUGUGUAGUUACCAGGAUGUUCUCAACCACCUGAAUCUGACCAAAGAUAACGAAGUGUUCACCUCCACACGGCCUGUGCUUGACCACAAAAACAUUACCAACGUUAAAAUUGAAGUCUAUCUUUAUGCUAUCCUUGCUAUGAUUGAGAAGUCCCAGACCUUUAUUCCCUUCAUCUGGUUAAAACUGACAUGGAAUAACGAGCUGAUUAGGUGGAAUCCUGAGGAGUUCUGUGGAAUAACCAAGGUCUCUGUCCCCAGAGAAAUGCUAUGGAAACCAGACAUCUUCAUCCAUGAGAUGACAGAGAAGGAUGACUCCCCUCCCACCCCAUACCUGAAUGUGGACGCAAAUGGGGAUGUCUCAAUGGAUGAAGUAAUGAGGAUGGUCGUUACCUGUAAGAUGGACAUCCACAAGUUCCCCUUUGACACACAGAGAUGUGAAAUCUCAUUCAGCUCGGCUAUAUACCUAGAAAAUGAAAUGAAAUUCCUCCCAUCAGAUACCUCAUCCAACGCCACCAAAGCUACUUGUGAAGUCAUGCAGAAAACGGGAGAAUGGGAGUUCCUGUACAUAAAUAUCAGCGAUGGAAAACUGCUUUUCAAAAACAGGGAGUGGGACAAAAUCGCCUACACUAUCACCAUGAAAAGGAGGCCCCUCCUCUACAUCACCAACUUUGUGCUUCCUGUCCUCUUCUUCCUGUUUCUGGACCUUGCCUCCUUCCUGAUCUCAGACCAACGGGGGGAAAAGUUGGGCUUCAAGGUCACGGUGUUGCUGGCCAUCUCUGUUAUGCUGCUUAUCCUCAAAGACAUACUUCCAUCCACAUCAAACAAGACUCCUGUCAUAGCAACCUAUUGUAUAGUGGUCUUUGCUUUCCUGAUGCUAAGCCUGCUUGAGACAAUCUUUGUGACAUACCUCAUUGAGAGAGACUCUGUCGUUCUGGAGAAGGAUCAAGAAAACACCCCCUGUCGCACCCGUGACCAAGAGGGGAAGAGGCGUGAUCCCAGUGUCUUUACUGCUCCCGAAAGAGAAGCUCAAAAUGAACCAGAAGAGGUAAUUGGUGGCGUACAAACACAGGGACACUCUCGCCUACUGCUGUUGAUUCUGGAGGACCUGCGGUCAGUGGAGCAAACACUAGCGCUGUUUGCAACAAACAACAGCGAAAAGAAACCUGGCUAUUGGACCAAAGUAGCUCGGAAAGUCAACCUUGCUUACUUCACCUUUUACAUCAUCUCAUUCAUUCUCUUUAUAAUCUUCAUAUGUAAGGAGUGGUUUGAGGACACCAUGUACAAUGGAAUUGGGGUUUCAGAUGUAGAUUUCAGAUGUAGAAUUCCACCAAAUGCAUAAAAUAGGCUACUUGAAUUGGCAAUGGCAUGAAGUGGUCAAUGUUGCUAGGGAUGGUUAUCUACAAACAUUAAUUGUUAAUCUGUCAUUUAAGCAGAGCAUGCAUGUUGAAUGUCUAUUCCACUAUUAGAAUAUGCUUCGGUGGAAAGUGAAAACAUAACAUAACAUCCGACACAGUAUUUAAAAUAUUAUCACAAUAUGCUUGAUUCAAAUUUUGAAAUUGUAUGGAAAGAUUUGUGAAUAAUCUCUUUUGUUUUAAGAUCUUGACUCCAAGACUGUGCUGUAUAUUACAUGGCAGGGAAUUCAUUA